AACGUCAAAUGGAAAACAUGGCAGAGGGUGGCGUCUUGUCUUGACGAGUCUUGUGUAAAAUUAGACAUUCUUCGUUUAAUAUUACAUAGAUUAUAAAUCAAAUUAAAUACUACUUUGAAUAGAAUAAUUUACUUGAUUACAGUAUAGAAUAUUAGUGUUUCUAUUGGGUUAAGUAUUCUCUGUAUUUUAAUGAAUGAAAAUAUUGCCCUAUGAGUGGAAGAAGUUCUAUGAUUUUAUAACUCUAUCUUGAUUCGCGUGCAUAGCCGGUUACGAGAAAAAGAAAACAAAAUAAAUAAUUAUAGUUUUGAAAUAAUGAAUUAAAAGUACAAUCAAAUUAUGGAAGACAAUAAAAUAUGCAGAGUGUGCCUCAUAAUGGGUGUAAAGAUGUAUGACGCAAAGAGUUAUCCCAUGAAAAAUUAUUUAGAUGCCAUAGCUGGAGCUACUCCUCUUGGAGAAAUGCAUCUGCCAACAUUUAUUUGCUAUCAGUGUGGGGCUCUAGCACAAAAAUAUUUUUUCUUCAAAGAGAAAUGUAUCCACGGGCAAACUGCCUUGUUUGAUAUGCUUAGUGUGCAUGGAAGGGUUGAUGUUACUGAAAUCCCACAACUAAGGAAGUUCUUCAAAUUAAUAUCCCCAAUAUGUCUAGUUGAUCAGAUUAACUUUAUUGACUGUUGUCACGGGGAUAUAUCAAAAGGUACCAAUGAAUCUGCAAAGGAAGAAAUUGUUGCUGUUAAAUAUGAGCCAUAUGAAGAUAGCUCCAUUCCUCUCCCCGAAACACUAGAAGAUGAUUUGUAUGAACAUAUUAAAGAUGAAGAUGGGUAUAAAUAUGAAGAGUUCUUCAACUCGGUGUCAAGUGAUGAUGAGCCACUGUCAACACACAAGAGAAAUAAGACUGAGGAAAAUCAAAGGGUGGAGCUAACGGAAGAAUUACUUACUGAAGUCCCAGUGAAGCGCAAACGCGGUCGGCCGAGAAAGGGCGAAGUCCAAGCAAAGUCGGGCGAAGCAAACACAUGCCCGAAACCUCAACGUAAAAGGAAAGCCAGGCGAAGGGUAACUGACAAUACUGGUGGCGUUUCCGAAGGGGAAGAUAUAGAUUUGGAACAAUAUGUCGAAAUUAUUCAUUUAACCGAAGAGGAGCAGAUACAAGAGAUAGAGAAGCGGAAAGAGUCGUCCAACUACCAAAAUGCGGCGUUCCAAUGCAACUUUUGUUAUAAAGGGUUCAUCGACGCGCAGGCGUUUAAGCACCACAGCGCCAAGCACGACCCCAGUGCAGGCAACAUUAAGUGUCCAAUUUGUAAGAUUCGGUUCAAGAACAAGCGCGCAUACAUGAAACAUUACAUGAACCACGAGAAGAAGUACCAGUGUAAGGCGUGUCCUUACGUCUCCAAAACAUCAACACAAGCGAAGCAGCAUCAGAGAUGGCACAAAGGUGUGACUUACAAGUGUCAGUAUUGUGAUGAAGUCUCCACGAAAUGGACAUCAUACCUGAGUCAUGUGCGAAUGAAGCACCCCUCGGAGUUCAUAUGCGGCGUUUGUGGAUACUCAUUUGUUAGCAAACUAGGGCUCACCAUGCAUCGGACUAUGAUGCACAAAGGAAUUGUGGAAAGCCAAGAACUUGAAGGGGAGGCCAAAGAAGGUGAAUCUAAACCCUACUGCUCAGUCUGUGACGUCAAGUUCGUCUCCGAAGAGGCAUUCAAACGACACAUGGUCAUGUCUACGAAACACACAAAGACUAACGAAGACAGCCACGGCUGCCGCUCGUGCGGCGAGGCGUUCCCGUCGGCGGAGACGCUGCGCGCGCACCAGCGCGCGGCGCACGCGCGCAAGCGCCCGCGCAACUACGGCAAGCGGCCGCCGCCCUACUGCUGGCCCGCGCCCUGCACGCAUUGCGGUGAACAAGUGCCAAGUGGGAGAGCGUACUGGACACAUUUCCGUCGCGCACAUCCUGGUCUCCCCUACCCCGUGCAAAAGGACUAUGUGUGUGACGUCUGCGGGAAGAGUUUCCGGGGUAAUGCCUUCCUAGUGUACCACAAACGCACGCACACAGACGAGCGCGCGUACAAAUGUUCGCUCUGCCCCAAAGCGUUCCACAACCGCACGAACCUGCAGAUGCACCAGAAGACCCACUCAGACCACCGUCCGCACCCGUGUACAGUCUGCUUCAAGGCUUUCAAGUCCAAAGGAGCCUUAGAUAGGCAUUUUCGAAGUCACACUGGCGUGAAACCAUACGAGUGUGAAGUUUGCGGCAAAGCGUUCAACCAAUCAAACAGCCGCAAACUUCACGUGCGCACGGUACACUUGCGGCAACCCGCGCCUUACGUCAGCCGCAACAGAGACAAGCGGAGAGCCCCGCCCGAACACUUCUGAGUUGAUUGUCAAUGAUUUCUGUGAAGUUAGCAGCUAAGCGUUCAACCAAUCAAACAGCCAUAAAAUAUACCUAUACAAUUAAUGAAACAAUGCAGUUUCUUGUUGUACAAUAUUUUGUUAAUUUAUUAUGUAUUAAAUUAUUUGCGAUUUAUCAAAUCAAGAUCGUAUGAUAAACAGUAUUUCUUCCUUGAAGACAUGAGAUUUCACACUUUGUGAGUUAAAUUUGUGUUUUUAUGAAGUUGGUAAUGUUUUAUCACCGAGCUUAUGUAAUAGAUAUUGUAUUUGAAAAUAAUUGUAGCAAUCAUAUAAUUUACAUUGUAUAAAGUGGAAUGAAGUUUG